CUCAGGGAUGGACCGCCUAUAAGAGCAACGUGGCAAGCUUUCCUUAAUCAGUCACCGAAGGCACUCGAAGGGUGGAAGGUGCGCUCCAUCUGCUGGCCUCUUGAACGACCAAUCAGAGAAUACAAUGGACUACGCAGAAAGAACGAAAGCCUGUCACACACUCGUCACGGAGGAGGCGGUGCUGGAGGCGCUGAAGGCGGACAAGGGCGUCGAGACUCAACUCACGUCCUGGAGGAUCGAGGACUUCACCAAAUUUGGCGACAAUUAUGCCUCGAUCGUCACUAGCGUCGUCGUAUGCUUCGCUCUAGACGGCGUCGAAGAACAGACCUCGUACGUCGUGAAGGUCAACCCCUGCCACGGCUACCCGAACAUGGAGGCGGCGACGAACAUCGGAUUCGUGAAAGAAGCCGAGUUCUACGGCAAGCUCCUCCCUCGACUCAAUGCGGCGAUGGCGGAAGCAAGUCUCGAGACCUUGCGCCUUCCGAAGUAUUAUCACAGCUGCCUUGAAGUGGGCAAAGAACUCCUCUUUCUGGAAGAUCUACGACGGCGUAGCUUCAAGAUGUACGACCGCCGGAGGGGCCUGGACGUCGCUCACGCAGUCCUCGUGUUGAAGGAACUGGCUAAGCUCCAUGCUGCUUCCCUGUUGCUGCAGAACGAGGACCCUGAGUAUUUCCAAAACACCCUUCUGCAGAAGGAUUGGUCGAAUGCCUUUGAUGGUGUCAUUGACGUGGACGUGAUGUUCGGAGGGCAUUUCGACAACACGGUGGCCAUGCUUGAAAAAAUUGGCGGGUACGAAACAGCCAUAAAGUGGAUUCAAAGUACCAAGCCAAACAUACGAGGAAUCUUAGGUGACCAGCUGGAACCAAGCAAGUAUCAUGUCUUAUGCCACGGGGACGCCUGGAACAACAACUGUCUUUUCAGGUACAACGAAGCAGGUGAUCCCGAGGAAGUAAUGUUGGUUGACCUCCAACUAAACCACAGAGUCUCCUUUGGCAACGACCUCAACUACUUCCUGUACACAAGCCUCGCGGGUGACGUCAGGAGGCCCAACCUGGACGCCCUUUUGGAGACCUACCGAGGCCACUUCAACACAGUGAUGGAAGCCGGAGCAGGAGGCAAGGGGUGUCUCAGCAAGGUCGAAGUCCAGAAGGAAUUCCGGAGCAAGAAUAUCAUCGGAGCAAUUUUUGGCAUGUUGACUGUCAAUUUCGUACUCUUGGAUCCCGCGUCUUUGGAGAAGUAUGCAGAAAAUGAUACAAAACAAGGUGAAGGUGAAAAGGACUUGAACAAAGAUUUUGAAAAACUGAAGGAAUACUUUCUGGCCAUGAUUGACACCAAUCCUCUUAUACGACCUCGAUUGCUUGCUAUGUUCGACGAGUUCAAAGAGUUUGGACUCAUCCCCACAUGAAGUCAUUUGCUCCAUGCUAAGACCUGGCCUUUGAACAACCUCUAUUGGCAGUGAACUUGAAGACUGAAACUAUUUGUAGUUUUAGUGCAUCCUAAUAUGAUAUAUGUCAUUCGCUACAAUUAUACGUAGAUCUAGAUCUAUGUGUGUCCAUGCACAUAUACAAAUAUGUACACACACACACAUAUAUAUAUAUAUA